UUUUUGAUUUCCCCAAAGUUUUUAUAGUCAGCUGCUGAGAUUUCAGACGGUGACUUCUUUCGCCCUACCCAGUUGGCUUUGACUUGGUGCCGAGGCGGGUUCUGCUGGGAAUGUGUCUUAAGAAAGUACAGGAUGGGGUCAGUUUUGUGAGCAGCCGAGCCAGGGAGCUGUUUGCCAGCCCCGCAGCCGGGACUGGCAGGGUCUCCGACGAGGUGGAAGCGGCUCUCAAAAUGAUGCGGUGUUGGGGAGAAACGCGGUGUUCUGGAACGUGGGUCGCUUGGGAAGGAGGUUUUCUAGCCUUGAGCGGUGCCUGCCGCCCGCGGUUCUCGACCGGCCGCUUCCUUUGGGUUUCCAGUAAUUAUCUGCAGGAUUCGCCAUGACCCCAGCUCUGAGGGAGGCAGCAACAAAGGGUAUCUGCUUUUCAUCUUUACCAAGUACCAUGGAGUCUGACAAGAUCCUAUGUAUGGAAAGUCCAAGAACUGUAGAUGAAAAGCUUAAGGGAGACACUUUAUCUCAGAUGCUGGGAUUUCCAACUCCUGAACCUACUCUUAACACUAACUUUGUGAAUUUAAAACAUUUUGGCUCCUCUCAGUCUUCAAAACAUUAUCAGACAGUUCUUUUAAUGAGUUCUAAUUCUACAUUAAAUAAAUACAAUGAGAAUUACAAACAAAAGAAAUUAGGGGAACCCAACUGCAAUAAGCUGAAAAACAUACUGUGUAAUGGCAGCAACAUUCAGCUUAGUAAAAUCUGUCAUUCUCAUUCUGAAGAGUUCAUCAAAAAGGAACUUCUGUCAGAUACCACAAGCCAGUGCAUGACAGAUGUACAAAUUAUUUUGGAUUCAAAUAUAACCAAAGACACUAAUGUAGAUAAGGUACAACUGCAAAACUGCAAAUGGUACCAAAAGAAUGCACUUUUGGAUAAAGUUACUGAUGUUGAAAUUAAAAAGGGUUUAUUGCACUGUGCUCAAAAGAAAAUUGGGCCUGGCCACUCAAAUGUGCCUAUUAGUUUCUCAGCUGCUGAAAAAGAGGAGGAAGUGAAUGCUCGUUUACUUCAUUGUGUAAGCAAACAGAAAAUUUUACUUAGCCAGGCUAGAAGAACUCAGAAACAUUUGCAGAUGCUUCUGGCAAAGCAUGUCAUUAAGCACUAUGGUCAACAAAUGAAAUUUUCUCUGAAACAUCAACUCCCCCAAAUGAAGACCUUUCAUGAACCUACCACAGUUUUGGAUAGCAGUUUACCUAAAUGCACUGAAAUUAAGCCAGAAGUCAACAUGUUGACUGCAGAGAAUAAAUUGUGGAGUGAUACAAAAAAUGGCUUUUCACGGUGUACAGCUGCAGAAAUCCAAAGAUUUGCACUGUCUGCUACAGGGCUGUUGUCUCAUGUUGAAGAAGGUCUGGAUUCUGAUGCAACUGAUAGCAGCUCUGAUGACGAUUUGGAUGAAUAUGCCAUUAGAAAAAAUGUGGCAGUUAACUGUAGUACUGAAUGGAAGUGGCUUGUAGACAGAGCGAGAGUUGGCAGCCGAUGGACAUGGCUUCAAGCCCAAAUUUCAGAGCUAGAAUACAAAAUCCAACAACUCACGGAUGUUCACAGGCAGAUUCGUGCAUCCAAGGAGAUAGUGAUCCUAGAAGACUGUCAACUUCCAAAAGACAUUUUGAAAAAACAAAUACAAUUUGCUGACCAAGAAGCUUCAUUAAAUACUACAGGGAAUCUCCAGGUUCCCCAAGAAAGUCAAGAUCCUUUACCAGAACAAGAUUUUGAAAUGUCACCAAGUAGCCCUACACUGCUUCUUCGCAACAUAGAAAAACAGAGUGCACAGUUGACAGAGAUCAUCAACAGUUUGAUUGCCCCCCUCAACUUAUCCCCAACUUCAUCACCCCUGUCCUCCAAAUCCUGUAGCCAUAAAUGUCUGACUAAUGGCAUUUCCAGGAGUGCUUCAGAGAAUUUAGAUGAGCUCUCUUCCUCCAGUAGCUGGUUACUUAACCAGAAGCACAAUAAGAAAAGGAGAAAAGACAGGACAAGAUUGAAAUCUCCAUCCUUGACUAUCAUGAGUACAGCAGCUCGAACAAGGCCACUUCAGAGUUUCCACAAACGAAAACUCUACCGAUUGAGCCCUACUUUUUAUUGGACUCCACAGACUUUGCCUUCAAAAGAAACCACGUUUUUAAAUACUACACAAAUGCCCUGCUUGCAAUCAGCUUCAACUUGGAGUAGCUGUGAACACAAUUCAAAAUCUCAGAUAUUAAGAGAACAUGUAUCAGAAUUGGACUCUUCUUUCCAUUCUGUCCUAUCAUUGCCAUCAGAUGUGCCUCUUCAUUUUCACUUUGAAACAUUGUUUAAAAAGACUGAAAUAAAAGGAGAUCUUGCUGAAAAUAAAUUUGUAGGAGACUGUGUCAUAUCUCCAUCACCUGUACAUAAUACUUCUCUGAAUCAGUGGAGAAAUGGAUAUUCUCCUACAUGCAAGCCUCAGAUAAGGUCAGAAUCUUCUGCACAGCUGUUCCAGGGAAGAAAGAAAAGACACUUGAGUGAAACAGCAUUAGGAGAAAGAACCAGAUUUGAAGAAUUUGCUUUUCAACGCACAGAACCAGAAUCCCAUAGCAAUUUUACUGCUGUUACUAAUGUCAAUGUUAUAUCAAGAACCCAGAAUUCAUCAUCACAAAACACUGCACGACGGAGACUGAGAAGUGAGAGCUCUUAUGACAUAGAUAACAUCGUGAUUCCCAUGUCGUUAGUUGCGCCAGCGAAGUUAGAGAAACUCCAGUAUAAGGAAAUACUUACUCCAAGCUGGAGGAUGGCUGUUCUUCAACCUUUGGAUGAAUAUACUGUAGGUGAAGAAGAGGUAGAAGAUCUUUCUGAUGAAGUCUUCUCCCUAAGACACAAAAAAUAUGAAGAAAGAGAGCAAGCCAGAUGGUCACUAUGGGAGCAAAGCAAGUGGCAUAGAAGAAACAGCAGAGCCUACAGUAAAAAUGUUGAAGGACAGGACUUGCUUUUGAAAGAAUACCCUAAUGACUUUAGUGGUGGUCAGCACGGUGCUGCUGAAAAUACUGCUGAGCUUCCUUCAGAGAGCCAGGAUCUGAGUGUGCAGGGCUCACCUUCACUAAAUGAGAGUCCGGAAAUCAAGUCUUUGUGGUGGGAACGACGGGCUUUUCCGCUGAAGGAUGAAGACACAGAAGCCUUACUAUGCCAAGAUGGAAAAAAGGAUAACAGUGGAAGUUCAAGCCCAGCUUCCCAUGGUGAAAUCUUCUGUACCAGUGUACCAGAGAACAGUCACCAUCCAAAAAGGCAGGCAGAUGAAAUGGAAGAGUAUAGACCUUUUGGUCUAGGACUUACUCAUGUUAAAAAAAAUAGGUGACAGGCAACAGGUUAAAAAAAGUAUGUACGUGAGUGGAAAACAGGAGGAAAAAAAAGCCCUGUUCUCCAUCCCCCAACCCCUUCGGUCACAAUUCCAGAGUAAGAGCAUGUACUGCAUGUAUUAAUCUUUUAUGCUGUUCUAAAACAGGCAAGGUAGGUCUCUUUUUCAUUCUUCAACCACAGAAAUAACUAGCUUUUCACCUACAGACAAGUGCUAGUCUUUUGUGUUUAUGAUGCAAAUCACAAGCACCAAAAAAUUAACUGCUGCAAUCUGAUGGUAUAUCACAUUACUGGGUAAAUAACUUUUGAAAGACUUUAUACCCAUACAUAUAUAUAUAUACACACACACACACACAAAUAUACCUGUGCAUCAAAUGACAGCUCUUUUUUCUAUACAUUUCUAUGUAAUUUCCAGGGUAAUUCAUUAAAAUUGCCCCAGAAAUAUAUUAGAAUAUACAAAUAUGUGUGUAUACAGUAUACAAACACAUACACACACAUAGUUUUAAAAAACACUGGCAGUGACCACUCCAUUUGAAAAUGCAUGUAUGAGCUACCCCAGGAAAUGUAAGCUGCACUAUAAAUAAAGCACAGGUUCCAGGGAUAAUGGAUAUCUAAAGUCUUGACUAUAGAGGGAGGGAAUUUUUUUAAAAAACAUGUCUAGCCAAUAGAAGUUAUUUAUGGAAAUUUCUAUACCAGAUAACACAAUACGCCUUUCUCUGAAAUCACUGUUAUCUGUUAGACUAAACACAGGUUACUUUCUAUUUGCUAACAGAUUCAGACAAGCAAAGCAGAUUAACUAUUGGUCUAUUUUAAAACUUGAGUUUAAAAAAAAAAAAAUAAAAUAAAAUAAAUAAAACUUGAGUUUUAUCUAUUUUAUGUAUCUCAUAAAAGAAGACAUCAACUUAAAAUGAGCAACAAACAGGAAAGUUGUAUCAGUAUAAAAAAUGUUGUAUUUCUACUUAAAAUGGUCAUUCCUUACCAUAGCUCACUCUAGUCAAAUAAGCAUCUAUUCUUACUUGUAUCCUAGAGUGAGAAUUUUAAAGUUUUUUAAAGGAUAAUGCUUCAAUACUGAAUACAGGAGUGUACAUUAAAGAAAGGAAAUUCCUUUUGAAGUUAUCAUAUAACUUUUUCUAUGUAAAAGUUGAGGACAAUUUCUCUCAUGUAAAAAAAGGUUUUCAAGUUAUAAUACCCAUAUUAACUGACAAUCCUGGCCAUCUGGCCUAGUCUGGGGGGAUUUGACACUAAGUUUUUGUUAGGGACUAGAAAUUAUAGGAGUCCCUGUAAAGAAGGAAAAAAAAUGCAGUUUCAAUACUGACAAAUUUUUUGCUUGUAGUUUUACUGUACAUUUAUUUUUAAAAAAGAAAACAAAAGCCAGACAAACCCAAGUUGUCUAAGCAAAUAAGCUCAAAUCUUUCUGUCAUGUCUGACAUAAUCUUCUAUGUAAGUUUUUUAAUUAAAGUUAUUUCUAUAUGCCUCGUGUUAUCUGA